CUUUCAACACAGCCUUGUAUGGAUCAAUACUCUUUAAGCAACCAGAUUGAAGAUGCAGAUCUUAAAGCACAAGGACCAUUUGAAGCAAGUGAACAUCUGCAGGCCUCUGUGCAGAGUAUUGAUUUGUAUGAAGAAAUUUUUAACUGCCAACAGAAUCAACCCUUCACAGAGGAGAUUGGUGAUGACUCCAUGACCCGUAUUCUCAUCUCCCAUGAUGACGAUGAUGACUACUAUGAUCAAAAUGUAUCAGAGCUCCAGGUGAAUACCAGUGAAACGGAGGACCAAUUUGAGACAGGAAUACAGAUAGCAAUAACUGAAGAAGGUGCUGUAAAAGAGAAAGACAUUCCUUUGAAAGAUCCAUUUACUGGCAUGGAGAAAGGCACACUUGAACAAACUCUUGGUGAGUCGAGAUUUGAAAGGAAAUAAAGCAAUAUACUGAUUCAUAUCAGAAUUACCAUCAUUGAUACUUCAAGCUGAUCAUGAUAUUUGUGUGGAUGCUCAAAGUGAGAAAGAAAACCAGAGCAGUGGGUCAAGCUAUUCAAAUCCCUGUACUGAUGUCUCCCAAAAGGAAACGGUUGGUUUUGAGGCUCACUGUGAAAAGGAAGAUGGUCAAUUGCGAUGUUCUCAUGUGGCAACAACUGCUGAUAGUGUUGAAUCAGAUAAAGAACAAUUGAUUGGUGCCAGUAUCAAGGUCACUGAUACUGUGCUACUUUCUACUGAAUCAGAAAUUGCAUCGCUCAAACACUUCAUUGAUCAAAACCAACAACACCAAUUGAUGCCUAUUGCUGCACUUUCAGCAUCAGAAAAAUGAAGUGGACGUGGAAAAUUUGUCGAACAAAAAUGUAGAAACUGAUAGCUGCUUCAUUGUACAGGUCACAUCUAAAGGAGAAUCUGUG